AUGCAUCAUGGACGGUUGCUAGUCGUUCGCCUCUGUAUUGCUGUGGUUUUAGGAGAUGAACCAACGAAGGCUCCAAUUCCAGUGCUUGACCCAAACCCCGAGUUCCUACCUCGCGCAGUAACCUACCUCUCUCAUAUGUUCCCGCUACGUGAUGACACUACAUCGUUCACCUUUGGCAAGGAUGAGAAACGAGAAGUCAGAGAGGAACUUUUUGAUCUUUCCAAGUUGACGGUGCUGCUUGUAAAAGGCAAAGAGGAAACCUCCAAAAGCGGUUACGACGCAGCACUUUAUCAAUGCCCAUUUUGGAGAAAUAUUCCCACCCAUUUGCACGUUAAUAAAUUUCUUGACAUUGAACGCAUUGCAACAUUUCAUAAGGCAAAUCCUGCACUACAACAUGCAGUAUACAACAAAGAAAGAUGUGAAUAUGGCGAUUUUCAAGACUUCAAAAGCACACGAAUAAUUCAAACAUACAUUGAACCGGGGUUCCCGUUUGAGAUCCCCUGCUAUUCCUGUCUUCGAAAUCAGACUGGAUUCACCACAGUAUUCUAUUUAAUACCUUCGCGAAACUUCCUGACAAAUAUCGAACUGCACGAAAUGGCGGAAGCUUUUGAUGACAAGCCAAACGUCGCAGUCCCAAUGAUUACUUGGCUUCUUCAUCAAAUUAAAAACCAUCAGAAGUCCGAUGAGUCAAAACAUGAAGCUCAACUUGUGUUCGGACUUGGACGUGACGCAGGCGGACACACAUCAAUGGAUACGCAGUCGUUCCUCGGAGAUGGUACUGGACGUCUGCAGGUGAACGUCGCAAGUAACCAUGUUGUGAUCAAUCUGCCCCUAAAAUCUGGAAUUGAAAAGGAACGUCAACUAGUUUAUGAGAAAUUUUACGGUGGAUUGACAUUAACCUGUGCACAGUUAGUAGACAACGAACCGCGGAGUUUGGGAUUCAUCCACAACAUCGAUUAUUUAUUCAACAUUAACAGUGAAGAUAAAUUUUUUAAAAACUCUAUUAACUACGAACACUACGAACUUCUCAGUAACCCGUCUUCGCUUCCAUAUAAAGCCACAAAAUACAAUAUCAAGAUAGAUAUCUCUUGGGAACAAUGGUCCUGUUGUUCAGCAUGCUGUUGCUCAGUGGCCUUAUGCGGUUUAUACUCAAACGAAAAGAAAUGUCAUGAAGUCGACUCCUACAGAACCCGCAGAGGAUUUUUGUCGCUUUUUCUGCUGGAUAUGGAGAAGAAGCUGAGUCUAGGCGACAAAGCGGUCUCAGAAGAACUCGACAAAGUAUUGCGCGUGUCACCUUAUCGUGAAAAAGGCAUUGCCAUUUUUUCAUCGUUUAUUCUCCGAAAUCCACGAUUCAUGGAACAUCUCUGGGAUAACACUCUAAAGGGUAUAAUGGAAUGGAGCAUGGAAUCGUGGAUAGGCGUACAAUUCAAGGAUUAUGAAGGUGUCGGACUGUUCAUUGAGGAGCAGGAUUGCAGUGGAAUGGAGCAAAAAGUGAACUGUUCCGCACUAGCCGCAUGUCGACGCCAACUAAUUGAAGAACCUCCUGCAUCUGUCGAAGAAUUGAUCUCUGUAGAUCCUUGCGGUGAUCUACCAAUGGUCACUUUAUCGAUCAGCGAAAGCAGCUCGUCGUUUCGAUUUGAACCGAAUAUUAGCUACCGACUCCGCCUAGACGGUCUCGAUAUGGAAACAAUAAAAUCGAUAACUUGGAAGGUGGGAGGGGACAUCGUUCCUCCCUACGAUCCAUCAAAGUUGUGCGAUGAGCAAAGCAUAGCAGUUCAUGCAAACGGUGCUGAUCUUAUCAUCAUCGAUGUGAACGCUACAAAAGUUCUUGGCAACGUCGUCGAAGCGUUCACUGGGAAGCAUCGAUUCAGGAUUCAUUUUCUUGAAGACAGUCCGGAAGAUACUUAUACAUCGGAUCACAGGGCUACUAUACAAACAGCUGGCAUUGUUGGAGGUUGUGCAAGUGCCGUCCUUGCCCUAAUAACUAUUAUGCAUAAAUACAAAUGGAGACAGAAAUCUUACAUAGGAACAGAGAAAUCUCGAAGAAAAACCGAGCGAACAAGUCGUCGAACAAGGCGUGCACUUAGAAAGCGCCUCAAAGAAAAAGCAGUGUUGCCUGCCGAAAAAGCACAAGCAGUUGCAGUUUAA